AUGGCCAAGAUCGCGGCGGAGGCUGUUCCACAGCUUCAAGCCCAAAUCGACGCCGUUACCUCGGACCCAAAGGGCGCUCCAGGUGUGGUAUUUGCCGCCGUCAACAAGGGUGGCGAACUGGUCUUUCAACACGCGUCUGGAAAGGUCGGGGCAGGAAAGGACGAGGCCAUGACCAUGGACAACGUCUUCUGGAUCGCCAGUUGCACCAAGAUGAUUACAGGAGUGGCCUGCAUGCAGCUUGUCGAACAGGGGAAAUUGUCACUGGAUGAUUCGGAUCAAGUCGAGAAACUGGCGCCGGAACUAAAAGCGGUACAAGUGUUCGAGAAUGGCAAACUUGUGCCGAAGAAGCGACCGAUCACGUUGAGAAUGCUGCUCUCACAUACCGCCGGAUUCGGCUACUCAUUCUUCGACCAGCGUCUCAACGACUGGGCCGGCCCACUGGGCGUCGACGAAUUCUGCGGCUCAUACCACGACUACCUGUCACAGCCGCUGGUCAACCAGCCCGGUGAAAGAUGGGAAUACGGCAUCAACAUCGACUGGGCUGGUCAGCUGGUCGAGCGCGUGUCGGGGCUCAAGUUGAACGACUACUUCCGACAACACAUCUUCGAGCCCAUGGGCAUCACGCAUAUCACCAUGUUCCCCACGGACGAGAUGAAGGCGCACCUCGCCUACAUGAACGCACGCGCCCCCGAUGGCAGUCUCUCACUCAACGUCGACGGCCAUCUCAACCGGCGGCCAUUGUACGCCACGACCAAAGAAGAAAUCGAUGCCACAUUCCAUGCGGGCGGUGCUGGCUGUUUCGCUCGUCUGCCAGAGUACUGUCAGAUCAUUGCUAUGCUACUGAACGAUGGCGUUCACCCCGGUACUGGUGCGCAGAUCCUCAAAAAGGAGACGGUCGACCAGAUGUUCACGAACCAGAUCCCAGAUAUGCCGAACUUUGGCCGCCAGGGCAUCCAACCACCCAAACCGCUUCUAUCCAACGCCCUGACCGACUUGUAUCCCGAUCCCCACGACGUCCCGCAGGGCUGGGGACUGACCUUCUUCCUGCAUCUACGCGAUUCCGCCGUGCACAGCGAAGGCACAGGCUGGUGGGCCGGCCUGCCGAAUCUGUUCUGGUGGGCUGAUCGGAAGAGAGGCCUCGGUGGCAUCAUUGGAUCCCAAAUCCUGCCGUUUGGUAAGCAUUGA